CUAGUUAAGAAGCCAGUCUGCAAGUUUGUGAAGAGUGAAGGCAGAACCUGAGAGUGUGUACAAGUGAAAUAAGCAGAACGAGCUGUCUGUGGACUGUUUAACCCUGCAGUGUCCGUGGAACGUACAAGCGGGACCAUGGUGCAGCAAACGGAACACAGCGAGACGGAAAGCAGCAUGUCCAGGGACGCUACAGACACCGAGGAAAGCGAGCUGAUGGCUUGCAGCCCCGUUCCAUUGAAACCCGACUGGUGCAAGACAGCCACCGGUCAUAUUAAGCGACCAAUGAAUGCGUUUAUGGUUUGGUCGAAAAUCGAAAGGAGAAAGAUCAUGGAACAGUCUCCGGACAUGCAUAACGCAGAGAUCUCAAAAAGGUUGGGGAAGCGGUGGAAAAUGUUGAAGGACAGUGAAAAGAUUCCAUUCAUUCGAGAGGCAGAGAGACUCCGGCUAAAACACAUGGCUGAUUACCCGGACUACAAAUACAGACCGAAGAAAAAACCAAAGCUCGACAGCUCUUCAAAGUCCACCACGCCUUCUCCAGAGAAGUCAAGCAACAAAAUGACCAAGACUGCCGGUAAGAAAUGUUCAAAAUUAAAGUCCACCAAGGCGGGCACCAGACCUUCACAUGAUUACCGAUACGAUUAUGUUUUCACAAACUUGAAAGGUAGUAAGACUGUUAAACGGGAACUCACUGAUGAUGAGGAUGAGGACGACGAAUAUGAAGAUGAGUUGCCAAUGCGGAUUAAGCAGGAGGAGAUCGAGGAGCCAGUCAGGCCGUACAAUGUAGCCAAAGUCCCUGCCAGUCCAACACUGAGUUGCUCCGCUGAAUCGGAGGGCACUAGUAUGUACGAAGAAAUGAGAGAUGCAGGACCAAAUAGACUGUUUUAUAAUUUCAAGAACAUCACCAAGCAGAGCACCGCGUGCCCUGCAUCUCUCUCACCAGCCUCUUCAUCCAGGUCCGUCUCCACUUCGUCCAGUUCCAGCGAAGACGUGGACGACUUACUCGUUGACUUCAGUUUGAAUUUCGCAGCUCCUUCACAAGGGUCAGAGCUCGGGAACUCGAAUUCAGGAAAUUUGUGUCUCUCUUUGGUGGACAAAGAUUUGGACUCGUUCAGUGAAGGUAGUCUUGGCUCUCACUUUGAAUUUCCAGACUAUUGCACCCCGGAACUCAGUGAGAUGAUUGCUGGGGACUGGCUUGAGGCUAACUUUUCGGAUUUGGUGUUCACUUACUGAGUUAAAAGGGAUUCUCGAGUAAUAACAGGGGACGAGGAAUAAAAAAAAUACAUGCCCUGUUCGAGCUGUUCCCAACCCUGCCUCUUGUGGUGCAUGUCUGGGAGAAAUGGAAGGCGAAGUGGGACUGAGGAUUUUUUUUAAAGAUGCGUAUGAAGGUGGUACUGUUGCCAAAAAGUCCGCUAGCGUUUUUUUCUGACCGCUUGACAGGGUUUUACGGAUUUUUCUGCGGUUCUACAGUUAGUUCAACUUUAAGGGGCCAGAAAGGAAAAUCUAAAGUCCUAUCUCCUAUGCAUCUUAACCCUCUUGUAACUGCAGGGAGCUGGAACACGUAAGACUGGACUGAUUCCAAGCAAAUCUGAACUGACACUGUUCAGGAUGUAAAGUUUUUUUCUUUCUUUUUUAUUGUGUGAUUUCUAGCUAUAUGCCGCAAACGUUUCUUUUUUGUAUCUGGUUCCGUUCACGUCCUGGUUUGAAAAUAUAGCGGGAUAAACCGCUGUAGUAUACAGGUAUGAGAGGACACAUUUUGAUACAUAACAUACCUCAUCUUUUUAAAAGUAAAGAUAUUUUCAGGCAUAUUUUUGUACAGUUAUAACAAGGGAAUGUUCUUACUGUGUGUUCAGUGAAUUUUUUCAGGCACUUCUACCCUGUUUUGUUUGUUUUAGCAUGCAAGAGUCCUGGGCUAAGGAUUAAAAAGUUACAUUGAAAACUUGCAUCUAAAUGCCUUGUAAUUUUAAGAUGGGGUUUGUACAGUUGUAGAUCAGAUUUGGUGCGUAUCUGUAGGGAUGAGUUAAACGGAACUGGGGAUCAUAGACCUCGGUGCUGGUACUAGUUGAGAUUGUAUAUGUACUGUAAAAUAGUAAAGUUAGGAGUUUAUGUAUAUCAUUGUGGAUGGGUUUCAAAUAGCAGGUGUGAAACUGGAUUUUUUUUUUUUUUUUUUGUAUUUUAUAUCAUUUUUAUGGCACAUACUGAUUUGUUCCCUCAUUUUUUUGUGCAAUAUACUCUGAAACAGACCAUCUGCAUUUUGUAGCAAAUUAAAAAAGAAAAAAAUACAUGUCGUGAUGCUGAAGUCUGUAUCUUGACAAAAAUAAAUAAAUCAGCUGGAACUGAUGCAAAACUA